AUGCCGAGUCGCAAGAAACCGGUCGAACAGAAGCCGUUGAUGAAACGACUUCUUGAUGGUAUUAUGCCAUCAAAAGGUAAAAGACGGCCUAUUGUCAGAAUACUAUCUGAUGAUAAUGAUGCUGAUGAUUUUCAAUCAUUAUCACGGGAAGCCGUCGUCACUCGGUCUUCUUCUGACUUGAAACGUCAUGAAGAAGUACCACAAAAGACUUCAACAUCACCUGAACCAAAACUCGCGUCGUCAGGUCUAAGACCAACAGGCAGUAGCAGACCUGAUGAUGAUGGACGAUAG